ACCUGAUGAAGUUGUAGGCCCUGAAGGAAUGGAGAAGUUCUGUGAAGACAUCGGUGUUGAACCUGAAAAUAUUAUUAUGUUAGUUUUAGCCUGGAAACUAGAGGCUGAAAGCAUGGGAUUUUUUACCAAGGAAGAAUGGUUAAAAGGAAUGACCUCAUUACAGUGUGACUGUACAGAAAAAUUACAGAGUAAAUUUGACUUCUUACGGUCACAGUUGAAUGACAUUUCAUCCUUUAAGAAUAUCUACAGAUACGCCUUUGAUUUUGCAAGGGAAAAAGACCAGCGAAGUCUUGAUAUUGAUACUGCAAAGUCCAUGUUAGCUCUUCUGCUCGGAAGAACUUGGCCACUGUUUUCAGUAUUUUAUCAAUACCUGGAGCAAUCGAAGUAUAGAGUUAUGAACAAGGAUCAGUGGUACAAUGUAUUAGAGUUCAGCAGAACUGUCCAUGCAGAUCUUAGCAACUAUGAUGAAGAUGGUGCAUGGCCCGUACUUCUGGAUGAAUUUGUUGAAUGGCAGAAAGUCCGUCAAGCGUCAUAGCAAGAAUU